AUGGGAUGUGUGAGUAGCAAAAUAGAUAUAAAUGAUAGACAUCCUAAUAUAUUCCAAGUGAUCAAUGUCAACGACCAAGGGCGGCCGAUAAGUCCUGGGAAACUACAAGUCACUGAAACUGAACUUGUUUUUUACCAGAGAGGUAAAAAGCCCACAAAGUGGCCUUUGAGAUCCUUACGCAAGUAUGGAUUCGACACUGCAGUGUUCAGCUUCGAAUGUGGCAGGAGAUGUCCAACAGGACAUGGGAUAUAUGCCUUCAAAUGUAAGAAAGCUGAACACUUAUUCAAUAUCGUGCAACUCCACAUAACUGGGAAUGUCAAUGAAGAAAACAAUUCAAAUUUGAAUAGUGACUUUCCUAUGAAUGGCCCCCCUGUUGUUGCACGAAGACCAACCAUGACUGAGGGUUAUUUGAACCCAGUGGUACCAACUGUAGCACUAAGAGCACACACAAUGACAAGUAGGCCGAGUUCGGUAAGUAGCAACGGGCCAUUGAGUCCUACAGCACUAUCAUCACCCCCUCCAGAACACAACAACAAUAAGCGGGCCAGCUUGGUUCCGGAAUCUUCUACCAUUAGUAAUACAGCCAAAGAAACUGAAAGCAUCUUGCCACCAUAUGCCAAUUUGGCUUCUAACGAAGCGAACCCGGAAACCUCUAGCCACGUAUACAUGAACAUAGAUACCAGCAAUGCCAAAGAUCUACCUGAAGAAAUCGACGAAAAACAUUGUUACGCCAAUAUUGACAGUAGGGACCUCGAGAAUCUGCGACCGCUGGUCGAAAGUGUCCCUGCUACCCCUACCACUCCAUACAUCGACUUGGACUAUAAUCCGGUGCGGGAAGUCAACUAUGCCGAGUUGGACUUGGAUAUUGCUAGCAAAGAGCCGGCUAGUGACAUCUCUUCGGAGAGCCCGAAGGUAGAAAAGAAGAGUUAUGCGACUAUCGAUUUUCAGAAAACGACGGCUCUUUCUCAGUCGAUAAAUCCGAGUAUGGCUGUUGAGGAGGGGAUAAGAAAAACUAGGCAUAACUCAACGAUCCAUUCGUUGAGCGAUUGA